GAAAUGAAUUUAUCAUUUCGACUAAAAUCGGGUCUAUUCAUUUUAAUAAAUUAUAUAAUAUUGUCAACAUUAUUUUGUAAUGUAAAAACAACAUUAUUUUGUGAUGAAAACUUUCCUGGUGAUUUAAGACAAUUUUGUGAAAAAAUGGAAGCUGGAAAGAAUAAUACUCGAGACCCAAAUUUGCCGCAAGGAGGAAGGGACCUACCUGACGAUAGAAAAGAAUUGCGAUGUGUAACGUUAAGCUGCUUUUGCCCUGCACUUAAUGGUAAAAAAGAUGGGACAGUAAAUGGUUGUAAACUUCCUAACGGCAAUAAACUUGGAAAAUGUAUUAGAUACGAAAUGAGAAUGUUGACAGAUGAACAGAGACAAGCUUAUGUAAAUUAUAAAUUAAAUUAA